AUGGAAAUGAUCGAAUUUUGUCGUCAUUUAUACAAUGAUAAUCCAUCAGAACUAGCAUUUAUCAAGGAACUCGAGAAUAAUCCUCGAAAUCAAUCAUUUACCUAUUUCUAUACAACCGAACAUUUUCUUUAUCGAAUGCUCAAUAGAGCCUUACGGUUACAAGAAAUAGAUAAACUCUAUAAUUUACGUUACUUCAUUCGACAGUUACAUGAAGAACUCAAACAGUUACAUAAUGAAAAAUGUCGGCAAAUGGAGUCAACUAAAAUGUUAUAUCGAGGCCAAGGUAUGCCACGAGAAGAAUUCGAAAAAAUACGGGAUAGUGUAGGUGGUUUAUUAUCAUUCAAUACAUUUCUGUCGACAAGUGCAGAUUUUGCUGUUGCUUAUAUGUACGCAGAGACAAUACUAUCUUCUACGGAUAUGUUACCAGUGUUUAUGGAAAUUAAUGUACAAGAAACAAACUUAGGAAACAAUGUAUUUGCUGAUAUUCGCCAUUUGACUCAAUUUACCGAAGAACAAGAGUAUCUUUUCUCUAUGGGUUGCAUUUUUCGUAUUUUAUCGAUUGAACAAGAAUCGAACGGAAUCUAUCGUGUUAAACUCGUGCUGACAAGUGAUCAAGAUGAAGAACUUGCUUAUCUGAGAUGGUUUAUGAGUACAACUAUGCAUCAAACAUAUCAUCGAGGUCCACUUUUUCGCCUUGCUGGUCUAAUGAAUGAAAUGAGUCGACAUUCAUAUGCCGAGUAUUUCUAUACGAUAUUGUUAAAAGAUCAGGAGAUUCAGCAUCAACCAUUUGCGCUUGCUUGCAUUCAUGGUAAUAUGGGUUAUCUGAGCACGGAAAAAGGAGAUUCACAAGAUGCUCUCAAGCACUAUGAACUUGCACUUAAACUCUAUGAGGAAAAUUCAUCACAUGAUAAUGAUCAAUCGAUUGCAAAUCUUCUUGCUAACAUUGGAGAAAUCUAUAUGAGUCAGAAGAAGUUUGAGCAAGCUAUAUCCAAUUAUGAACGUGCUCUUACAAUCGAUAUGAAUCCUGCCAAUGGCAAGAAACCUAAUCCAGGAUAUAUUUCCAAUCGUUAUAAUCAAUUGGGCGUCAUCUAUGAACGUACAGGUCACUAUGAGAAAGCACUUGAUUAUUACAAACGAUGUUUACAAAUACGCCUUGAGAAUAUGCCUCCGAACCAUCCUGAUUUAAUUGCGCCGUACAAUAACAUUGCACUUCUUUAUGAUAAAGUUGGUCAAUCUGAACAAGCCGUUGAUAUUUACAUGCGUAUUUUGGACAUUAGUACGAAUUCACUACCACCCGGUCAUAUAAAAUUCGCUACCUUAUAUCAUAAUAUAGCUUACAAUCUUGAAGAUGUGGGUCGAUUCAAUGAAGCACUGUCGUAUGCUCGUAAAUCUUUUGAUAUAAUCGAGAAAUCAUCAUUGUCACCGACGCACGAGUUCUACGUUGACAAUCGUCGACAUUUAGAACAUCUUGAACGUAUUGUUUCAGAUUUCGUCGAGCACAACUAA